UGUAGACAUGUGGCUGCAGUAAGCCUCCUUGAGAAGGUCACAUUUGAGGAAUCUGACCAGUGAAUUCUGUGCUUGUCUGCAUGGAAUGGGUUUUUUACAUUCUCUCAGGUGGGGUUUUUCUUUACAGUCACAGAGGUAUUGAGUGCUGUGAACUGAUGAUUGAAAUGUCUCCCCAUGGGAGGUAAACCCUGAUCUGGCCAUUGGGAGAAGGGUGCCUGCUGAGCAUCCUCAUCAAGCUCGCCCCCCCUGAUUUGGGCUUCACAGUUCCUGGCACAUCAUUAAUGGGGAUUUUUAAGUGUGUGUUUAAAUGAAUGAUAAUGCUCUAGAUGAAUAAGCUGUGGGAAUUUGUCUUCUAUCAGGAGAAAUUUAACCCAAACUUCAGGGACACAAGAGUGCUGUUUUGUCUGUGUUUCUGUGUUCCCUCUGGUCCUUUUUGAGCAUGUGUUUUGGAGACAGCUAGCCAUAAAUUCAAAUCCUACUUCUACCAUUAAUUAGCCCUGGGACCUUGGACAAGUCACUUAAAACUCAUGAGCCUCUAUUUUCUUAUCUGUAAAAUGGGAACACUAAAGUUUCCCUUAUGAGAUGACUUAGGAGCAUUUCUUUAAGUUAUUGUUGAGUAAGAAAAAAAAGAAAAAAGUAAUAUGGGGAUAAAUGGUGAGUACAAAGAUGUAUGUAUGUAUGUGUUUGUAAUACACAGAUAUCCAAAAACUUAUAUACAGAGGGUUGUAUAAAUAGUGGGAAAUUUAGAAGGAAAGCUGGGUUUACUUUGGCAAGGGGAGAAGUGGGGAGGGAACAUAGGAGCCAAGCUCCUCCAACCAAAAACAAAGAAAAAUGUUUUUUCAUUUACAGAAAGCAUGUAUAUGACCACAUUUAUGUAUUCAUGUAAAAUUGGAUACAGAGACAUUAUAUAAAAUAUUAAAAAUAUGAUGCCUAUCUCAAAAGAUUCUUAGGAAGAUUAAGUGAGAUGUAUCAUGUGUAAAACUCAGCAUCCGCUUAAGAAAUUAGGGCCUAUAGUAGGAAAUACAAGAAUCCUGCCUUGUACUGGGUUUCUGGAACCAAACUUGAUGGUUUAAGAUGGAGAGGAAGUUUAAAAAUUUGUUCUUCUAUUCUGGCAUUUUUUAGUUUACUUAAAUUCGAACAAUCUUUAAGUAUUAAGAGUGGCAAUAUGUAAAUAUACAUGGGAAUAUCAUUUUAUCAAGUUUGAAAAAAUUGUUCAGCUCUUGUGAAAGUAUGUUUCCUGUAGUAACUGGAGAACAUAGGUGCUUAGGUAAGUGCUAAUAUUUAUGCACACACAUGUUGGAAAUAACAAACUUGAUGAAUGAGUUGAGUCUUUUUCAACGGGCACUAUUAUAGCAGCAGCAGAGCUCAUGAACCAGAAGAUUUCACACUCUUGCAGCCCAGUGAGGUUGUGCUUCUCUAAACCUCUUGGCAGAAGAUCUGUUGACUUUUGGAGAGGAAAUCUGUCUUUUCCGUACAUUGCUCUUGAACUGGGGAAUUGCAGGAAUCAAAGUUGUAUCUUUCUCCCCAGUGACAGGGAGCAUGUUCUGCUUCAGUCUUUAUUCUGUGUGUGUCCAUGUGUGAGGACAUACAUUUGCUCAUCCCAUUUCUCCUCUCUCUCAUCCACAUAUUGCCAUUUCCCCCACGCCUUCCUUAUCACUUUGCAUCCUUCCCUCAAAUCAUACUGUAUAAUCUCCUCAUGUGAAAGGUUAAUAGUUGCUGUUUUUUCCCCCUGUAAGGAAACUGUGCACUUCUUUUAAGCGUGCUUCAGCAGGGUCCCAUAGCAAGUCCCUGGAGGGGUCUUUGGUCUAGAUUUCAGGCUUAUAAUUUCAACUGAAGGAAACUGAGGUGGGAAAGGGGUAUGAUCUCUAUCUUCACUCUGUCUUCCCAACGUUGUGAUAACAUGAAUGCUGGAACCACAAUGGGAGGGCAUGAGAAAUGACAGUGGCCAGUGUUGCGUUCCACUGUGGAAGGAAAUGAGCAACAUGAUGUCCAGCAAACUGAACAGAAAGAUUUCGCAUGAAAGAAGAUGAGGAAAAAGCCAUGAGAUCAUUUAUUGAGCAUAGUUGUGUGCCAGGUAUGAACUACAUGCUUGACAUAUGUCACCCCAUUUAAUUCUCUAAAGUUCUCUAGGAUAGGAUUAUCAUCCCCACUCUACAGAGAUGGAAACUGAAGGCAUGGAGAGGGCAAACCCAUCACCCAAGGCAGGAGGGUAGUGAGAAGGAAGAGCGGCCGAGGGAAGGGGCAUCUGCUGGCGGCCCUGGCUGAUUCUGGGCCAGGUAGGCUGGCCCGAAUCUGCUGAUCCAGGUAGACAAGGAAUGUGACACAGCUCAGCAACACUGUCUGGCUCAUGACGGGGUGACAUGGUUCCAGAACUUCUUUUUUUCCAUUCCAUUGCCUUCAUGCUAAACAAUGUGAAGUCAUGCCUGCAGCUGCUUCCUCCCAGAGGGAAUGGGUGUGGGAACCACAUUCACGGAAGUGGAAGGUAAAGCCCUUUCACAGGCUGACGUGAACAGUUCGGGUAGACAGGAGACGACCUCUUGUCCAUUGGCUCUACCGCCACAGGGAGUCCACUUUCUCCGCGGCUUCUUGCAUCCGUCAAGCAAUCAAGUAUCAGACACCAUAAGGUCACACCUCCACCUUGCAUCUCCGGCCCCACCAGUGGGUGAUGAUCUGACAGGCAUGCCAGCACUCAUGACAUUUUGAGAUGGAUUGCCUUGUAGCAGAAAUGGAGGACAAAGUUUUAACCGUAGUCAAGGUUUUAAAUGGCAUCUGUGACAAAACAAUCCGAUCUGCUACAGACCCUGUUAUGAGCCAGUGUGCAUGUCUGGAAGAAGUUCACUUACCAAACAUUAAACCCGGGGAAGGACUGGGCAUGUACAUCAAAUCAACCUAUGAUGGAUUGCAUGUGAUCACUGGAACCACAGAAAAUUCUCCUGCAGACAGAUCUCAGAAGAUUCAUGCUGGUGAUGAGGUCAUUCAGGUCAAUCAGCAAACUGUGGUGGGAUGGCAGCUAAAAAAUUUGGUGAGAAAAUUGAGAGAGAAUCCUACAGGAGUCGUGUUGCUGCUUAAGAAGCGCCCCACGGGUUCUUUCAACUUUACUCCUGCUCCCCUGAAAAACCUACGGUGGAAGCCGCCUCUCGUGCAGGCCUCGCCGCCACCCACGACGACCCAGUCCCCCGACAGCACUAUGGAUACCUCACUGAAGAAGGAGAAGCCGGCCAUCCUGGAUCUGUACAUUCCUCCUCCUCCAGCCGUUCCCUACUCUCCCCGAGAUGAGAGCGGGAGUUUUGUUUAUGGAGGAUUCAGUAAGUGUAAACAACCACUGCCUCUGCCUAAGGGUUCAGAGUCUCCGAAUUCGUUCUUGGACCAGGAAAGCCGAAGACGGAGGUUUACCAUCGCUGAUUCCGAUCAGUUGCCUGGGUAUUCGGUAGAAACCAAUAUUCUGCCCACAAAAAUGAGAGACAAAACACCAUCUUAUGGCAAGCCCCGGCCUUUGUCCAUGCCUGCGGAUGGGAGCUGGAUGGGGAUUGUGGACCCUUUCGCCAAACCUCGAGGUCAUGGGAGGAAAAGUGAGGACGCCCUUUGCCGGUAUUUCAGUAAUGAGCGGAUCCCCCCGAUCGUCGAGGAAAGCUCGUCUGCCCCAUACCGGUUCUCAAGGCCCACGGCGGAGAGGCAGCUGGUGCGAGGCGCGGACUACAUCCGAGGGAGCAGGUGCUACAUCAGUUCGGAUCUCCACAGCAGUGCCACGAUUCCCUUUCAGGAGGAAGGGGCCAAAAAGAAAUCCGUGUCCUCGGCCAAGUCCUCUUCUGCAGAACCGUCCCUGCUGGUCAGCUGGCUUACUCGCCUGAAACUGUUGACUCACUGAGCCUGCCUGGCCUGGACUGGACGCGCCCCGUGUCCCGCUACCAAGUGCCUUGCCCCCUCCAUUGACGGUCUGUUCUGAUUCUCACCCACAGUAUUAUGUAGUGAUCUUAGGCAAUUUUUGUUUUUGGAAAGUCGUAUACUGCCUUUCUCGGAAUUUGAAGUAAUUGGAUGGGAACAAAUCCAGAGGACAGAUGCCGCCUCUCUGAGGCUGAAGGAGAGAAAUGGGUGAAGUCUGCUUUUCAUGCUCCCUUAUAGGCGAACACGGAGACACACUCUACAUCGGAGCCUCGGCCAGCAGUUUAUGGUCACUAUGAGGAAGUGGGCCAUUGUUCUUUCUGGGGCCGGACUAAAAUCAGUGGCCCUUGUCAAACAGAUAUGUUGGUUUGUGGUCCAAUUUAUUCACCUGAAAAAGCCAGUGGAGAGAACAUUUUUGUUUUUAUUUUUCAAGCUACAUAGCAUUUGUAAGUGUGGCAGUUUUGACUGAGAUGUGGCAGGUGUUUGACGGCCUUACAAAGCAGAGGUUUCAGGGCAGGCUUGUUAACCCCCUUUCGUAACAAUCUCAGUGUAGGUCAGUUAAUACAGAAACACAUGAACACAUUUAGAUAGGGCUUAUUACACACAAGAAGUGUAUGGUUAUUUGUGAGGGGUGUCAUUGUUACUGUUAUGUGUUAAUGUCUUUAAGGGAAAAGAAGCGGUAAGAUUUGCUAACAGCCAAAGUUGUCAUUCAGAAAAGUGAAACGACAAUACCUAGGUUUAUGAGAGAUACAUCAGUUUGCGUUUUGGCCUGUUUAAUGCCUAUCUUCCAGAAAAGAACAGAGAGUCCUUCAAAAUCGGACCCAUUUUGCUAAUUAGAAAUCUCUUGGAAAGUCUCAUGGUCAUUAAUUUUCACCUAGCAUCGGGUAUUUUAGAAACAUGUCUCUGGUGGUCACUCUUGUUUAAACUGAAUGUAUGAUAUUUUGCUGGAUUGGAAAAGUACUAUCUUGUUAAUUUAAGUGUUUUAAAUAUAGUUGUAUAUUUUUCUUACUCUUA